UUAUUUAUCAAUAUUUGCAAAUAUGGAUAUUCUAGAAACACUUCGUGCCGCCCAUUCACUUCCCAAAUUUGAAUAAGCCAAAUCAAUAAUCAAAUCAUAGACAAUAGAGCAGUGUGACUUACAAAACCAAAGAAAAAAACCAAAACCAUAUACUAGUAACAUUCUUACAUAUAAUAACCACAUUCCUAUUUCAACAACCUGUCUGUAAAUCCCAAGAAAAUGCACCACCACCCUCCUCCACCAACCAUCACCAGAACCACCACCACCAUCAAAAUCUCAACACCCUUUAUCAUUUUUUCCACCACUAUCUUCUCACUUCUCCUUAUUCUUUCCUUCUCCUUCACUUCUUCCCCUACACCCCACCCCCACUCCCAACAACCCCACCCUUCUCUUUUCCCCAAUCAUCAACCCCAUCGUCUCCUCUUUCAUCAAAACCCAAAUGACCAAAAUGCUCUCCUACCCCCACCCCCUUCCAUAGCUUACCUCAUCUCUGGAUCCACAAAAGACACUUCAAGAAUCAUCCGUUUACUCUUUGCAGUAUACCAUCCAAGAAAUCAGUAUCUUCUUCAUCUUGAUAGAAAAGCUUCUCAAUAUGAACGUGACAAUCUUGCACUGUAUAUUCAAUCUGUGCCUCUUUUUAAAGCUGCCCAGAAUGUGAAUCUUAUUGGAAAAGCUGAUUUUGUUUACCCAAUUGGCUCUUCUGCUUUAUCUGCUACCCUUCAUGGAGCUUCCAUUCUUCUACGUGUUUCUGCUCACUGGGAUUGGUUUAUUAAUCUCUCUGCUGAUGAUUACCCACUUGUUACACAAGAUGAUCUUCUACACAUUCUGUCAUAUAUGCCCAAGGAUCUUAAUUUUGUCAACCACUCAAGCUACAUAGGGUGGAGAGAGUCACGGAAAUUGAAACCAAUAGUUGUUGAUCCUGGGCUCUAUCUUGCAGAGGAAGAUGAAGUAUUUUAUGCAACUCAGAAAAGGGAACUGCCUGAUGCUUAUCAACUAUUUUCAGGGUCUUCAUCUACUAUCUUGAGUCGGAAGUUUAUCGAGUUCUGCAUCUUGGGCACGGAUAACCUACCCAGGACUCUGCUAAUGUACUUGUCAAAUUCACCAUCCUCGGCAUCUGUUUACUUCCCGACCAUUCUGUGCAAUUCAAGGAAAUUCAAUAGAACAACAAUCAACCACAACAUGCGGUAUGCUUCAUUUAACUCGAGAGAAGAGGUCCGUCCUCUCAAUUCCAGUGACUUCAAUGACCUGGUGAUGAGUGGAGCAGCAUUUGCCACACCAUUUGAGGCAAACAAUCCGAUUCUUGACCAGAUCGACCAUGAACUUCUCCAUCACAAGCACGAUGAACCAGUGCCUGGCGGGUGGUGUUUAGGUGAAAAUGAAACUGGGAAAUGUACUCUCUGGGGAGAUGCUGAAGUUCUAAGACCAGGUCCAGGAGCAAAGAGGCUGGAAAAAAGAUUUGUCCAGAUUUUCACUAAUGGUACAUUUCGUUCUAGUCGAUGUAUAUCUACGAAUAAAACUCCCUCAAGAUGAGAACAUACAGAAGAGACACACUCGAAAAUGUUUUCUAUCCGAAACAUCUCUACCUCCCAUAAUAGGGGUAGGUCUGCGAACACACUACCCUCUCCAGUCCCACUUGUGUGAUUAAUUACACUGGGUACGUUGUUGACUAGAAAAAAUCACACGAGCAAAAAUAUACAGAAGACCAAGUAUCUCAUGUAGUUUUUUGUUAGCAAUUUUGAUAGAGAGCUGAGUGUUUUAUAUUGAUUUUUUUUAUUAUUUUUUUAAAAAAAGUAAGGUUGUAUAUUGGUCUAUUGGACUGACUAGCUACUACUAGGGCAAUGUAAAUCAUUUUAUAAGAUCAUGCAUCUUAUUACUUGUUCAA